AUGCUGCACUUAAACAGCUCAUGCAUACCGGAUUUUGAAAAUAUAAAGGAUUUGCUAAAAAGUAAGGAUUAUCAUGGCGUAAAGGAAAAUAAAGAUAUCAAAAAAUUUUUCGAAGACAUUAGUCUAGCAUUUAAAGACUUUGGAAAUUCAUUAAAAACAAUACAUAACAAUGGAAAUAAUAUAAUAUCAAAUAUUCAUAAAAACACCAAUGAUGAUAAUAAAUUUGAAAACUUAUAUUUUUCAAAAUGCUUUCUUAAUGUAAUAUCUCUUAUACAAAUAUUUUCCGAAGAAAAUUUAUCCUUAAGCGAACAAAUCCAAACAAAAAUUGUCAAUAAAUUAGAAGAAGAAGAAAAGGAAAGAAUCGAAUCCAUUAAUUCUAUUUACAAAGAGGAUGAGAAAAAAAAAGAUGUUGAAAAAUGUAGUGAUAGUACUUCGAUAAAUAAUAAGGAUAGUCAUGCUGAAAAUAAAAAAAAUAAGUCAAAGGAUGAGGAUAAUAAAAUUGCAAGUACCAAUAAUAAUUCUGAGAAUAUUGCCAAGCCUACUAAUCUGGGCCAUAACCAAACUAAUGAAAUAUUUAUUGAUAAUAUACCUCUAAAUAAUUUUGAAAUAGAAUUAAAAAAAUGUUUAGAAAAUAAUGAAUUUUCAAAUCGAUACUUAAAUCAUAUAAAAUAUAAAAGACACUUCUUAGAACUUAACAGAUUAAAUAUCAAUUUGGAUAAAGAAAUUAAUUCUUUUAAAGAAUUAACACAAAAAUUUGGAAAAAAUGUUAAUAAACUUCUUAUGACCAAGUCAAAAGAACGAAUACUAGCUAUCCAAAAUAAAAAAAAAUCAAUUUUUGAAUUCUUAUAUGAUGAUAUUGAAGAAUUAAAGGAACAAAAGUUACAUUUAAUGGGUAUAGAAAAAGAUACCCCCCAAUCUGGUGAUAAAGAUGAUACACAAAAUGAAAAACCACCUAAAGACAAUGCUCAUGCCACUUCAAAUGAAAAAAAUGAAAAAGAGAAAAAGGAGAGCACUAUCAAAAAAGAAAAUCUUUACUUGGAAAAGUUUGAAAUAAGAGAAAAAUAUAGAAUUGAAAUUUUAUAUUCAAGCAUUAGAACAUUUAUAAAACUAAUUUCUCUUAAACAUAUUGAUAUGAAUAUUCUAUUGCUCGAAAAGUCAGAUCAUAUUAGUUCAUAUGAUUCAUUUGUAGAUUAUCAAAACUGGCUAAGUUGCGUUUUAAAUAAAGAUAUUGAUGUAGAUAAUUUACAAAAAAAAAUUAAAAAAUAUGAUAUAUUAACUAAAGAUGAGCAAUAUAUGUUAUAUCCAUACAAAAAAUCGUCUUCAAGUAAUAAUUCUAAAACUGUAAAAAAAAAUAGCCAAAAAGAAAAAAAAAAAUCUAUAGCUAGUUCAAAUUUUCGGAAAGGGGAAUUGAUGGAUAGUGAGAAUAUUUCAAUAAAUAAAGAAAAGGAAAUUUUAGAAGAAAAAGAACAAAUCGAACAAAAAACGAUACAAACAGAUCAACAAAAUUAUAAACAAAAAAAAGACAAAAAAAAACGCGCUAACUCACGAAGGGAUUGUCAAUUCCCCGAUAAGUUCUAUAUCCCUAUAAUCAUAAAAAAAAAAUAUACCAAACUUGAAACAGUAGAUCAUAUAAAUGAACAUGAUCAUAUAAAAAACGAAAAAAACAUGCACAAGCAAGGUGAAAAUGAAGAAAAAAAAAACACACACAUGGAUGUUCAUAUUAAAACAUAUUUAAAUGACAAUAAAAUAGAUAAUGAAAAAAAUAUAAUAACAUUUUUUAAAAAUCGACAAAAAAAUUAUGAGAAAUAUUUACUCCAGUUCAGUAAUGUAGGUGAAGGAUAUUUUAGUCGUAAGUGGCAUUGGGGAAUUAAUAACCAAAUUAAUAAUGGAAGUGAAAGCGAAACUGAAAGUGAAAAUGAAAAUGAUAAUUUUGUUAAUACAAGUGAAAAUGCCCUUGAAGAUAUAACACACUUUCGAGGAUAUUUUCACGAAGAAGCUCAUUAUAUGUAUCCCUUCAAAUUUCCAAAGGGUAUCACAAGUAUAUCCCAUUUUAAUAAUACUCUAAAUAACUUAUAUACAAAUUCAUUAGAUUUCGGGGAAGAUGAUAUAAAUGAAAAUGAUUAUAAACUAUUGGCAUAUGAAUCGAUACUCCUUGUAUAUUAUUCUUUGUGCUCUCAAUUAAAUAUGUGCUUAUUCUUUGAUGAUAAUAAGAAAAGUAAUGUUACUAGCCAAUUAUAUAAAACGUUUCAAAAAAAAUAUUCACAUUUAUUACCAACAUUAGAAUGGAAAGAAAAGGAAAAUACAAUAGACAACCCUCCAAAAAUUAUAAAUAAAAUAGAUACUUCAAAAUAUUAUACAAAAAUGAAAAAAAUAAACAACAAUAGUAAUGAGCCAAAAAAAACUAAAGAUAAUAAUAACACUUCAACACAUUUUUUUUCUUCUUAUAAUAAUGAAAAGAAAACGGAUGAUUUUUUUCAAUAUAUGAGUUAUAUAGAAAAUGUAAAAAUGGAAAAUAUAUUAUUAAUAAAAAGAAUAUUAACUAUUUUUAGAAUAAAAUUAAAUUUAGACUCAAGAACAAAUAAUUUAAUUACUUUAUUUACACUUCCUAAUUAUUAUCUAAAUAAUGGACAUACCUAUUCUUUUCAUAUUCUUGAUAUAAGGUUUAGAAUUAUUCGAAUUAUGGAUACCCUUGAUUUGAAAUAUACAUCAGAUAUAAACAUUAAAGAAACACGCACACACAACUUCCGUCGUACUAAUAGUAGUAGUAACAACACUAAUACUGAUUACACAAUUUAUGGGGAAUGGAUAAAGAGACAAUUACAUAUAUUUUAUAUUUCUUUAUAUUUAAAAUUUAAUCGAUUUAUUAAGUUUAUUCCAUAUUUUAAUUUUUCCCAUUAUCCUUACAAUGUUAAUAACAUUUUUAGCAAAUUUAAACAAAAUGAAGAAUAUUUUAGUUACAUAAAUAAAACUACUGAAAAUAGUAAUUUUGUAAAAUAUAUUAAACAUGUACAAAAAAAAAUACAAAAAAUUCAUAAUUAUAUUCUUUCAAAAAAGAGGACAAAUAAUUCUGAACAAAUAGGUCAAAAUAAACAAGGUCAAAAUAAACAAGACGACCUUCAAACAAAUUUCAUCGAUUUUAAGAAUUUGGAAAAAGAUGAAAAAAUUAUAUUUAUAUCCAAUUUAUUACUGAAAAAUUUUAUAAAAUCUUUUCGUAUUGUUUUUGAAUUAAAAUCAAUAUUAAAACAAAAUCAAUGGAACACUGGAAAAUAUGAUGAAAAAAUGAAAUUAUCAAAUAUGAUUAAAUAUUUUACUAAAAUUGAAUAUUACGAUUAUGAGAUCAGAAAUAUUUUUAGUCAAUGCACUGAUAUUGAUAAGGAAGAAGAAACAAUAAACAAAAUAGACAAAUAUGAUCAAGAAAUAAAUGAAUCACCCAUAAAUACCAACAUGGCUAGUCAUAGUAACAAUAGCAACUUAUUUAACUACGAUAAGUUAAUUAAAACAAUUUUUGAAAAAGAAUUGAAAGAAAGCGAUAAUAUACGUAACGCUAAAUUUAUGGGUAGUUCAAUUCAAAGCUUUAAUAGCAUGACCACAUCAAAACAUUUAAAAACUAAAUCACUUAACACAGAAAAUAUAUACUUUAACAAAUCUAACAAUAUAUUAAAAAAUAAAUUAUCAAAACAAUUAAAAAAUAAAAUAUUCUACAAAUUAAAUUUAGAAACAGUUUUACUUUCAAGUUGGUUUAUGGAUAGAAAUUUAUUACAUUUUUUUUUAUAUUUUUAUAUGUCUUGUGUAAUUGACAAAAACUCAGACAUGAAUACCUAUUCGGAUGCACCAUAUAUAAUACAAGGAAUAUUCUUUAUUAUGUAUUAUUUACAAACAGGAAAUGAUAUAACAUUAAAACCUAAAAAUCAAGCAUAUGAAAAUGGAAAUGAAUCAACAUUAAUUCCUAUGUCUACUUUUAUUUUGUAUUUUUUUAUUCAUUUAUUUUAUUCAUUUUUAGAUAAAAAUAUGUUAGUUAUAUUGUCAAAUGAAGAUUUAAAUGGAAAUAUAGAAUUAUUUUUAAACCCUCAAAAUAUAAAUAAAAAAAAUGAACAAAUAAGUAAAACUAAUAAUGCUAAUAUUGGAGAUCCAAAAAAAAAAACACAAAAUAUUAUUACUUUACAAAUUGCUACAAAAUUUUAUUAUAGUUUAAAAAAUUUUCAUAAAUUGUUAUUCUAUAGAACUAUUGAUGAUACUAUAUUAGAAAAAUGUGAUGAAGCUAUUGAUUUAAAUAAUUUAGAGUCUUACAUUUUCAAUUAUGGGCAUGCUAAUAAUAAAGAUAAUAUGAAAAAAGGAUUUAGUAGUAAACUAUCUUAUGAAGAUAUGGGAAGGAUGUCACAAAAUGCUAAGAAAGGAAACAAAUUUAGUGCUGGUGGUAUACCUAGUGAAAUGUAUAAAAGUUUUGAAAUAAAAAAAAAAAAAAAAAAAAUAUUUCGAAAAUCUUCCAAAAAAGACAAUCUGGUUACUCAAGUUUUAAAUCUUAAUGAUAUUUAUGAAAAAUUAUUAAUUGAAAAUUAUGUAAAAAAACAAAAACAAAUUAAUGAUAUGAUAUAUUUAAAAAGAUAUCGAAAUAUUUUAUUAUAUUAUAAUUAUUAUAAUGUUGAAAAUUUGGCUAGUCCCUAUAUUCCCAAUACAUUAUCUUUUUAUAUGAACAAACAAUUAUAUUCAUUUGAUCAUUUUUUUUUAAAUUCAAUUUUAUUAAAUUAUGAAAAUAAUGAUGGAAAUAACGAAAAUAAUCAUAACUAUUUAUUUGAUUAUAAUUUAUAUAAAAAAAAAAAUAAAAAAAAUCCUUUAAUUGAUAAUUUUAGCAGUUUAGAAAAUAUUCAAUCAUAUAAAGAAAGUGUGUGUGUUGAUAAUAAUAAUAUGAACAGUCAUAAAAAAAAUGAUAAUUUUAAUCCAAAUUAUUUAAACAACGAUUGUAAUUUCUCUUUAAUAAAUAUAACACGAAUUGAAAAAAUAAUAUCAGAUAUAAAUAUUAUGAAAAUGAUAAGUUGUGAUUUUAGAAAUUAUUUAAUACUUAUUUUAUCGAACUAUCGAAAAUUUAUUGACAUGUAUUCCUUAUCAUAUAUUUUGGACAUGUUUUUAGUCAUACACACAUUUUUUGAAAUAAAUAAAAAUAAAACAAAUUUGGAAGAAAAAAAAGAAGACACUCUUAAAAUAUCUCAAAAAUCGAUAACUAACACAAAUUCGAAAAUAAUAGAAAAACAUACAUCCAACAUUCUCAAUCAUAACAAUAAUGUAAAGUCACAAAAUAAUGGAGCUACCAAUUUUAUAAAUUAUGAGCCCUGCCAAUCCAACCCAGAAUUUUUAACUUGCUGUGAAAUUGAAAACUAUUUUAAAUUCUUUAUUUAUAAUUCUGUUAAGAACAUUUUUUAUAAUAUUUUUUCUACAACGAAAAAUGAAAUUGAAAUGAAGGAAGCAAAGAAAGCAGAAGAAGAAAGUAAAAAAAAAACACAAACCGAAAUUUUAAGCUCAAAAAGUAAACAAGUUGAUAUAAACCCGUUUAAUAAUUGUAUUGAUAGCUCUACAAAUGCAAAAAAAAGUAAAGAAAAUAAUAAUGAACAGAGUAUGGACAAAAGCCAACUUGAUGUUACUAGCCAAAACAUGGAAAAUGAUGAAGAAGAAAAAAUACCUCUUAUUUAUGAACUCGUAUAUAAUCAAUUUGGUGAUAUGGUUAAUAAAUAUAUUAAUGAAAUAGUUAUGGAAAUUUUAUUUUUUUCAAAAAUAUGGAAAGAAUAUUUAUCAUUAGAUGAACAUCCUUUAACUGUUUUAUAUGGAGCUAAUAAAACAUUAUAUCAUGAAAUUUUAAAAUUUUUAAAAUAUAAUAAUAAUAAUACAGAUUUUUUAUUUAAUCAAACUUUAUCAAUUAUUGUUUCUUUAUAUAAUUUUAAUUUGAUAAAUAAAGAAAUUAUAAUUCAAACAAACUGCUAUCAAAAAUACCGAGCCCUAAUUCGUAACAACUAUCAAUAUUAUUCCAAUCCUAAAGAAAAUGAAAAUGAAAAUAAUAAACCUGAUGCAGUAAAUAAUGAAACACAACAAUCUGAUCAAAACAAAACUAUAAUAAAGCAACCAACUUCAAGGAUGGAAAACAAAAUAAUGAAUUAUUAUGGAAAUCAAAAUUCACUAGUUAAUAAUUCCAUACAAAUAGACAAUGAAAAUAAAAAUAACAAAGGUGCACCAAAAGAUGAAAAUAUUGAAAUAAAUAAUGACAAAAAUAAAGAAGACAUAUUUAUAAAUCUAUCUCUAAUAAUUUCUAAUUCAAAUAAUCCAUGUAUGGUAAAAUUAAUGUUUAAAUUGGAAAAAAUAUUUAUACAAAUUAUAGAUAAAAGAUUAAAACAUACAAAAAAAUUAUUAUAUGAAUGUUCAAAAAAUGAAAAGCUAGUUCCAUUAAAUAGUCCAGAUAUUAUAUAUAAUUCAACAUGUGUUGAUAUAUUUUCAAUUAUUUUAAAUAUUUUAGAAAUACUUUUUCAAUAUAAAUGCCCAAUAGAAUGGAUUAUGAUACCAUUUUUAGAUUUUCUUAACAAUUUUAUUAUUGAAUAUUGUGAAAAUUAUAAAAAAAAAUAUUCCUCUUUUAUCAUAUCUUUACUUAAUCAAUAUGCAGAUAACUAUUUUAACGGUUUGUUAAAUAUUACUGAACGACAAAAAAUUAAAUGGGAUAAAUAUAUAAGUAUUGGAAAAAAAAAAAAAAUACAAAAAAAUAUGAACAGCAAUAAUAUUUCGAGCCCAAAUAAUGAUUUAAACAAAUUUCCUGACAUAUUUAAAAAAAAUGAUUUAGACAUUUUAAAUAAUAAAAAAGAAAGUAUAUUAUUUGAUGAAAAUCUUGAACAAGAGUUUAGUGAUAUUAAUGAAGUAACAAAAAGAAUUAAACAUAAAAAAAAAAAUAUUUUUUAUAACUUAUUUAAUUAUGAAGGAUUAGGUGUAAAUAAAAUCAAACAUAAAGUAGGAGAGAUAUUAGAUGAUAUUAAUGAGCUUUCAAAUUUAUCAACAUUAUAUCAUGGUACUAAUACUAGUAAUAAAAAGAUAGACAGUGAAAAAAAAACAGCUGAAAAAAAUGACGAAAAAAUUAGUGAAGAAAAUGAAGAUAGUGGUAAAAAAUUAUUUAGUGAAGAUUUAAUAAAUAUAAUCGAAGAAAUAAAUUAUUUUUUUAAUGAUUCAGAUAUGUCUGAAUCAUUAGUAUUAAUAUGGAAUAUAAGUUUUUUUAUGAAUCAGAUAACUGAGAUACGGAAAAAAAUAGAAAGAUAUAUUUUAAAAUAUAUAUGUACACGUACAGAAAGUGUAGAAAAAAUAAGCAAAAUUUUUAAUAAUUAUAUUGAUUUUAAUAUAAAUACAGAAACAUUACAAAAAAAUUAUUAUACUAAAACAUUACUAGGAGUUUUAGACACAUCUAUUGAUAAUAUAAAAAAUAAUUUAAAUAAUUUUUUAUAUCAUGUAUUUAAAGUUUUAUCAAUACGAAUUGUUUGUUAUGAAUUUCAACAAGAAUUAUUUUAUAAUUUAUAUAGACCAUUUCAUAUAAACAAUCUUGCAAGUAUUGUAUCUAUAUUUCCAGAUACCAUAGAAAAAUUCUUUAUUCAACUUCCAAAUAAGUUUUUUAAAAAUAUGCUAACAAUUUUUAUUGAGCUACUUAUAAAAAUAUGGAUUCUUAUUAUUAUUGAAAAAGGUUUUUCAGCUACCUUCGAAUUUAAAGAUCGCCAUAUACAUAUAAUGAAAAAUGAUAAUUUGCUUUUAAAAAAAUAUAUUCAAAAUAAUCAAAUAAAACUUAGCCACACAUUUUUAACUAAAAAAUAUGACAUUAAUGAGUAUAUAGACGCAUUUUUUGAUGCCCUAUAUGCAAACAGAAAUAUGUUUUCCGACAUUUCUGCUGAUAAAAGUAAAAACAAAAAAUAA